AUGUCUAACCUAUUUCAGUUCGGGACCUCGUCCACAUCGGGUGGUUCCAAUGCUCCUACAUUUGGUACAGCGGGCACCUCGCCAUUUUCCCAACCUGCGCCCGGCAAAACUACUGGUGGUCUCUUUGGCAAUAUCGGGGCAACACCCACAACAACAGCAGCAGCAGCAGCAGCAGAUCCGCCUUCUGCACCCUUGUUUGGAGGAGGUUCGACGACCCCAACAACAGGGCAGACGGCUUCUUUGUUUGGAGGUCAAAACUCGAAAUCUACGUUUGGCAACACGUUAACAAAACCUUCAAAUCCAGGACAGAGUGUUGGGCACACUCCGACGACGAACCUAUUCGGAAAUGCAAGUCAAACCCCUAAAUUAGGGGAGCCUACAUCAUCUGGCAAGCCGCAAUCGGUAUUAUUUGGGGAACAAGGAAAAACAACUCCAGCCACUAGCGGCUUGUUUGGAAGUACUACUCCAGCACCAUCGAGCGGACCAUCAUUGUUUGGGAACCUGUCCACCACACCUGCCGGACCACCCCCUCAGACCUCAGCUGGGCAGGGCCUUUUCACGAGCCAAGCAUCGACAAAGGCCAAUGAGCCAGCAUCUCUUUUUGGACAAAAGCCAACUUCCUCCACUUCCUUCCCAGGCUUCAGUGCAACAACCAGUGCAGUGUCGCCACUAAACUCUCCCGCAACUACGGCAGAAGCACCAAGUUUCUUCACAAACACUACUCAAAUGCCAACGCCAAACUCAGGCAACUUAUUCACUUCCUCACCCGCCAAAACUCAAGGCGCGGAGGCUGGAAAAAACCCCUUCUUUGGAAAUCUGGCUCCUACUUUCUACUGCAUCGGCUACAAGCACAACGACAACGGCACCCGCUGGUGGCUAUUUUCUAGUCUAAGUACUCCGAAGACAACUGCACCCAAAGACUCGACUACCCCGGCUACUUCAUCAGGUCAGCCAGCCAGUAGAAUGUUCAACCUUGCUAAGACGACAACCACAACAGCUCCAUCAACGUCAUCUUCAGAAAAGAUUUCUGCUUCUGGAGCAACAACUACAGCCGCCGCCACUGUCACUAGUGCUGGUGCCACAACUGCAACGCCCGCGACAGCCGGUGGCCUUGGUGCAUCGACAGUGGGACCCGCUCCCCCAGCACAAUCACGGCUCAAAAAUAAAACCAUGGAUGAGAUCCUUACUCGCUGGGCCACUGAUCUAGCAAAAUACCAAAAGGAGUUCCAAGAACAAGCUGAGCAAGUUGCCAAAUGGGAUCGGAUGCUUGUAGAAAAUGGAACGAAAGUGCAGAAACUGUACGGCAAUACCGUCGACGCAGAAAGGGCUACGCAGGAAGUUGAACGGCAAUUAGCAUCUGUUGAGGGACAACAAGAUGAAUUGAGCUCAUGGCUCGACCGUUAUGAACAAGAGGUUGAAGCUUUGUUGUCGAAGCAGGUCGGUUUUACAGAUUCAUUGCAGGGACCUGAUCAAGAACGUGAACGAACGUACAAACUCGCGGAACGUCUCUCCGAACGCCUUAAUGAAAUGGCCCAGGAUUUAACAAGCAUGAUCGAAGAGGUCAAUUCUGCUUCCUCCACUUUGAGCAAAACCACCAAGGCUGACGAACCGAUAUCUCAAAUUGUCCGCAUCCUCAAUUCUCACCUUUCCCAACUUCAACUCAUCGACCAAGGCACGGCAAAUUUGCAUGCAAAGAUCGCAGCUUCGCACAAGCUAGGUAGCUCUCUUAGCGUCCAUCAAAAUAUGGGCUCAUAUAGCCAAUAUCGGAAUGGGACUGGCAAUGGGAUAAGUGGCGGAGAUGCCGCAGGUGACUUCUAUAGAGCUUACAUGGGACGAGAGGGGAAGGAAGGAGGGGGGGGGGGGGGGACGGGGCGGGGAGAAGAAUGA